AUGAUCACCGCCUCGGCCCCCAAUCUCAACGACAUCAAAGUUGAAGAUGCGUCCCAUUUGCGCGGCAUGGGUUGCUACCUCCGACUUAGGGCCCAAACUUCGCACGACCAACUUAUAUUCGUGCAUUCGCGUUUGCAGCCGUCGGCCGGUUUCCCCAACGUAGUUGCAUAUUCCGCAGCUGUACUGAGGUCGCUAGACAACGGCCGACAUCUCCUGCUUAGGGAUCAGAUCUUUUCGCCGAAUGAGAGAAUGGUGUCUUUUAACGUCGUCUCACUCUUCACGUCCAUACCACAGGCCCUUGGGAUGGAAGCGGUCAGUGACCUGCUACGUCAAAAUUACGACGGGGGCGAUGGCCAGCCCACAGCUCAGUAUCUCAUAGAACUCAUGGGACACUGCUUCAAGAUAUUCUUUAUCUUCGAAGGGAUCACAUGCGAGCAAGUCAAGGGCACUGCAACGGGUUCACCAAUCUCCGGGCUCAUUGCUGGGGCGUUUCUACGAAAACUCGAGAGAGGACUAUUUGAGGAGUAUGAACCGAAGUUUGGGGCACGCUACGUUGAUGUCACCUUUGUAGUUAUCAACCGGGAUAAAAACAACUACCGGGCGGAACUACUGAACUCGAUCAUCCCCGAUCCGCACUUCACGAUGGAAGAGGAGUGA